ACCAAAAUCCUUGUUGAAAUAAAUUUCCAAAACAAAAAAUCUCAUAGUUCAAAGUAGUUAAACAAAAAAGGAAGAAAUAAAAAACCACUUUUUUUAUUGAUCAUAAAAAAACAUAAAUAGAACAUUUCAACAUUUUCCGUAGAAAAUUUUCUCUCUGAUGUGUUUCACUUCGAUUUUCUUCAACGCUCAAAAAUCAAAAUUCCCAAAAUUCUCAAUAAACCCUAGAUUUACCAAACCCAUUACGCAAUAAAAAAUUGUCUAGCUCCGAGGUUAUUCUUGUCGGUGUUACGCUAUGUGUUGUUUCUUUCUCGGAAAUUGAUGAUUAAUUUUUUUGUUUUUUCUUCUUUGUGGGGUUAUUGUGAAUAGCGAAAAGUAACGAACUUUGUGUUGAAAUCGAAGUGGGUGUUGAUUUUUUUUGUUGAGUAUGCAUAGAUCUGGAGCUACGAUGGCUUGGAACGUGUUCAAGUUCUGCACAGCUUUACGAGGACUUGGUUCGAUUAUGAUUCUUCUUGUUCUUGGUGUUGUUGGUGUUACUUAUUAUGCUGUUGUUAUUACAAAUUAUGUUCCUGCUUUGUAUAAUGGAGGCUUUGAUUCUCUUAUUGCUAUCUUGGUCUUGAUCUUGUUUCAUAGUUUGUUGGUUAUGCUAUUAUGGAGUUAUUUUUCCGUUGUUUUUAUCGAUCCGGGAAGUGUACCUCCGAACUGGAGACCAACAAUUGAUGAGGAGAUAGGAGAGGAAGAUCCAUUAGUUGGUUCAGAAUUCAGUAACGUUCAGUCUGAUCCGUCCAAUCAACGGAUCCGGUACUGUAGGAAGUGCAACCAGCUGAAGCCACCUCGAUGCCAUCAUUGUUCAGUUUGUGGGCGAUGUGUGCUGAAGAUGGACCACCAUUGUGUGUGGGUAGUUAACUGUGUCGGGGCACUAAAUUACAAGUAUUUCCUUCUUUUCUUGUUCUACACUUUCCUUGAGACGAGUCUAGUGACUGCAUCCUUACUGCCACAUUUUAUAGCAUUCUUUAGUGAUGGAGAAAUCCCUGGGACACCUGGAUCUCUUGCUACAACUUUUCUUGCUUUUGUUUUGAACCUCGCUUUCGCGUUGAGUGUGUUGGGAUUUCUUAUCAUGCACAUAUCGUUGGUUGCUGGUAAUACGACCACUAUUGAGGCAUAUGAGAAGAAAACUACUCCAAAAUGGCGUUACGACCUUGGCCGGCGUAAAAAUUUUGAACAGGUUUUUGGGAUGGACAAGAAAUACUGGUUCAUUCCUGCUUAUUCAGAAGAAGAUAUACGAAAGAUGCCAGCUCUACAAGGCCUCGAGUAUCCAUCAAAACCCGACUUUGAUUCCCAAUAGUUUAAAACCCUAAGGGCAUAUUUGGUUUAAGUUUAAUGUUUUCAUUUUCUAGUUUCACUUAAUUGCAAAACUGUUCCCGGUUUUCACUCCGUUUCUGGUUUAAAAAUUUUGUACCGAAAACAUCGUCUCGGUUUCAUGUACAAAUCUUUAACCUAGGAAACAGAUUGAACAUACCGGGACAGUUUAUAAAAAAAAAGUGAAAACAAAAAAAUGAAAUCAAAAAACAUAUUUCCAAACCAAACAGAAAGUGUACACAUUAUGUAACAAAAAACCUCUACUUUCACUCUUACAAAUCUGGCUUGUAAGUAAUCUAGUCUCCCGGCAAUUCAUCUACACAAAUAUACAGUAUGAUUUUUUUUAUAAUGUUAUCUAGAUUCUAGAGGUGCUUGUGUUAGGUUGAACUGAAGGGAGCAAUGAGGGGGGAAGUGUGGUGUGAGGGUUUGAGAGGCUAAUGUUUAAGUUUCUUAUAAUGUGAGGAUUUGUUCCCAAGCAAUGCAAUUCUCUUGCUUCUUUUUCUA